AUGGAUACCGUGGUGAUUAAUUCUGUAGCCCUUUUCAACUUUGCAGAUGUGAUAUUUAGGAAUAAGAAUAAAUUUGGAAUACUUUUAGGGGAGAGAAAUGUGUCUAACGGCACAAUCAAUGUGUAUACGUCAUUUGAAAUCGUGCUAGAUAAUUUAAUUGUGGAUGUAUCAUAUCUUAAGACACGUCUUGAUCAGUUUCGCACAGUCUUCCCCCAAUACGAAUUGGUUGGUAUCUAUGAACUAGAUACCUUGUCGCCACUUUCUUCAACAGUGUCUGUAGUUCAACAGGUAGUAUCAUUCCUUGAACAGGAUGAUAAUUUGGUGAUUUUGUUUUAUGAUGGACAACAUGAAUUUAAAAGUCACAAUAUUAUCAAGGGGGAAAUUUUAACGCAACCACUCAGCACCAGCGUGAGACCUACCGAAUCAGAGGAAAUUGUCAAUUCUACAAUCUCAAAUCAUUCGAAAUACUCUAAUGGGGAUGCUUUACUGGCAGAACCAAUAACUCGAAAUGUGAUUCAACAAAAGGUGGGUGAUCAUUGUACAACGACUUCGAAAUCCUUGGACCAAUUGUCCGAUAAAGUUCAAAAAAUUGUUAACUACUUGCAAAAGAAUCAGACAUGCCCCGAACAAGAUAGCAUGAAAUUCAUCCAAAUUCAAAAUUUAACCUCACAAUUGGCCCAUAAAAUAGAGCAAACUUACUCGACAAAGGAUUCAAUUGACUACACACCAAGCAUAUUAACUUCGAAGCUCGGUCUUCUCAACACACAAGUAGAAGCUUUAGAAAAUUUGCAUUCCAAUAUUUCGAGACAAAUAAUUCGUUUUGGGAUAAUAUCACAACAGCAUGACCAAAUCCGUCAGAUAUCGGAUAGAGAUCCAUCUUUAUAUCAGUUUUCUGAUAAACCCAAUCUUUUAUAG